AUGCGUUUCUUCGCGGAAGGGGCCUCGGAGAAGCCGUCCGUGCUGGGCCGGUCGGUCGGCCGGGCGGUCGAUGAGCCCGGGGGGCAGCACGGCAACGUCUCGCGGUCUCUGGAGUCCCUGCAGCGGCCUUCCAGGUCUCUGCGGGAAGAGAUAGCGGAGGACUACUCUUCUCAGCAGUUCGGAGACGUCACCAAGCAGCUGAGGCCCGGGGGGCCGAAGGCGGAGGCCGCGUCUGCCGCAGAGGCGGCCCAGGCUGGGCAACAUCUGUCCCAGCGAGUCCGCAAGUCCUGGCGAUACCACGACCCGGUACAGUCUGGAUAUCUGGUCCUGAGUCCCAACAAGCAGCCGUUCGUGCCGUCCGCGGUGUCGCCCAGCAAGAUGCCGCGCGGCACCCACCACAUCGCGGGCACCCAGAUGGCCCGCACGGAGCCGCAGGACGUGCAGGGCGGCGCGCAGCCACUCCCGGCCACGGUGACGCGCACCAAGUCGGGCGCGGACCGCCUCCUCGAGGCGUCGCAGGAGAUGCUGAGCGCGGAGCUGGACCAGCUCGCGGCGGACGUGGAGAGCCAGCGCGCGGGCAAGAUCUCCCAGGCAGAGGUGGACGCCAGGCGGCGCCGGGUGGUGCGGCUGAUGGCGCAGGUGGACGACCAGCGGAGUCGGGACAGCGAGUCCCUGCGCACCCUGGUGUCGCGCCUGCGGUCGUCCGUGGAGUCCCUCCCCGGGCAGCAGGAGGCGCGGCCGCCCUCUCCGGCGCGGCCGCCCUCUCCGGCGCGGCCGCGGAGCCCCGGGAAGCCGGUGCACGUCCCCACGGUGGACGCGUCCACGGACGCGGGGCCGCCCCCCCCGGAGCCGGAGGAGGAGGUGGUGAUGCAGCUGGCGGUGGUCAGCCGCAGCCCCGACAAGCACCGGUACGAGGACGGCGCGGAGGACACGCCGCGGGCCGGGGCGCACCGUGGUUCGGGGUCCCUGCUGGGGGUGCAGGACCUCCUGGCGCGGCUGGGGACGGUGCUGGAGCAGGGGCGGAAGGAGAUGCACGACCUGUACGACCUCCUCGAACAGCUCAUGGGCGACGCCGUCGGGGACGUCGACCCCGCGGACCUCGUCGACCUCGCCCAGGCGUUCCAGGAGUACUCGGUGAACUCGCUCCUGGCGCCGGUGCUGGAGAUCGCGGCGUCCGCGCAGCAGCUGGUGGUGCAGGACGCGACGGCGCGCAAGUACCUCGGCGAGGACGCGGUCGCGCCCUCGGUGAUGGCGCGCGUGGCAGUGCUGCAGCCGUUUCUGACCACGGAGUCGUUCGUGACGCCCGCACUCACCGGCAUGGAGGAGGACGUCCAGCAGCGCUCGCCGCCCAUCCAGGUGGCGCUCGUGAAGGCGCUCCGGGACGACACCUCGACGCGCCUGAGGACCUCCACGCAGGAGUCGCUGCAGACGCAGGCCGGCAAGGCCCGCUUGGGUACGGCAGACCUUCGUCGCGUGCUGGCGAUUGUGCGGGAGGCGGUGAUCCACGUGGCGACGGAGGCCAAGCGCGUGCUGCUGGCAUCCUACCUCGACCUCCUGAACGCACUCUCGCUGCGCAGGGCCGAGGCGCCCUCGCUGACUUUCAUGCGUCCAGCGGCCCCUGCAAGGCCGAAGAGGCAACCUCCCGCGGCAGCGCAGAGCAGCCAGCAGCCAGCACAACCCUCGGGACUCGUGAUCGGGCCCGGUGCAGAUGGUGUUCGACGCGCAGGGAGCGCGGCGCGGCGCCGCCCCCCCGCGAAGAAGGUCAAGAAGAAGAAGAAGGCCAGCGCGGGGGAGGCGGGGGCAGCGCCGCCCUCGCCGACGCGCAAGCCCAGGAACGUGUGGGCGGGGUCGAAGAACCACACGCCGAAGAACCACACGGAGCUGGCCGCGCGCCUGGUGUGCCCGCUGGUGAAGGACGUCCCGGGCUCCAAGAAGUGGCGCGAGGUGCUGCAGGAGCGCAAGGCGGAGAACAGGCCGCUGCUCGCGCCGCCCAACAUGGGCGCAGCCACGCCUAACCCGGAGCCGUGGAAGCCGUUCUCGAAGGGCGAGGACGAGAAGCCCCUCCCUGGCUACACCACCGCCCACACCAAGCUCCACCACCUGGUCCACAAGAUUGGCAAGCUCCAUGUGAUGCGCGAGAACUUCACGCGGGCGAUCCUCGACCUCGACCUCGCGUCCCUGCGCGCCGAGGAGCAGAAGGCAGACGUGCAGCGGGAGCUGGGCGUGGCGCAGGCGCGGCUCAAGAAGGCCAUGGCCAUCGAGCGUUCGGAGGUCGUCGAGAAGCGCGAGACGGAGCUGGAGGCCGUCCAGCUGCGGGCCAGCAGCAUCCAGCGCACCCUGGACGAGAUCCGCUCGCGGCAGCAGGAUCUGCAGACCCAGGUCGCUUCCGUGAACGAGAGGAUCGAGGAGUCGGAGCGCGAGCGGAGGAAGAUGGAGCGUCGGGAGGCGGCGAGGGAGUCGGCUGCGUGGGAGGCGGAGGUCAAGUCGCUCCUGCAGGACAAGCUGAACUCGGAGCUGGGGCAGAAGCUGCAGAGGCUCGCCGCGCGGAAGAACGACCAGCCCUUCAUGUUCGAGGGCGGGGCCCCGGCCGCGGACCCCGAGCUGGAGGAGGUCCGCAAAGAGAUCAUCGCAAACAUCAGGAGCCGGGGUCCGUGGCAGAUCACGAGCGAGGCGCUGAUGCGGGGCCGUUUCAAGUCCCGCCCACCUGGGGCAGACGCGAGCACGGAGACGGCGUGGCGGCAGGUGUGGAAGUGGGUCUGGUCCUGGAUGGAGGACAUGGUGCAAGAGGGGCGCCAGUGGCAGGCUGACGAGGAGCAGGCCGCGCCGGACCCCGAGGGCGACGUUGUGCACUGGGAGGGGCGCGCCUACUCGGUGCACGGCCUGUUGAUGGCCGCGGCCGAGGACGCCUGCCGUCGCAUGGGCACGAAGCUCAGCAAGUACUGGGAGGAGCUCGUGCAGGAGAACAUCGCCGACGACAACGUCAGGGCGGCCAAGGCGAUGGAGGCUGCGCACAGGAAGGCGCGCCCGGAAGACGGGGACGCUGCCGAAGCGGCGGAAGCGGAGGACACACCCCCCCUGGACCCUCCUCACGUUCGCCUGAUGCGGAACGUCCUGCCUGGCCUGGAGGCGCCCCUGCGCGACUACAUCAUCCAGGUGCUCGAACUUGGCGAGAAGGUCGAGGGGGGCCAGGAGCGGGAGAUGUACCACGGCGGGGAGGCGCCGCGCUGGAGAAGGCCGAUCACGUUCCUGGACCUCGAGGUGGUGCUGCGUUCGUGGCAAGUGAAGACGCGGGACGGCGGGGAGGAGAGCUACCUCGUGCAGCGGCUCGCCGGCGGCCUCGACGACCUCAGACAGCGCCUCGCGAAAUCUGCGGUGGCAUGCUGGCGCGGCUUGGGGGCGUCUGAGUCCAGCGGCGUGCAGCGAGCCGUGAGCAACAAGGUCCUGCGCGAGUCGACCGCCAUUUUCGGCAAGGUCCUGAACGACAUCAGCGACGGCGUCAAGCUGCUCUGUCAGGACGGCUUCACGGGCGACGUGGCCAACAAGCUCUGCAGCGCGGCGGGGCCGCUCGUCGAGGAGCAGGGUGACCGCCUCGAGACCGUCCUGGACAGCCUGAUCCGCGAACGGGUGUCUGCCGCGGUGGACAAGGUCAGGGGCGAGCUCGAGACGUCCCUGCCGACGGACGUCAGCUCCAGCCUCCUCAACAUCAAGGAGCCCAUGCGGCAGGUGCUGACGUCCAAGGUGCAGGGCGUCGUCAGCGGGCUCGAGGACGACCUCACCAACGCAGACUUCAGGACGCCACUCCACGACAGCGUGCGGAGCCUCUGCCAGAGCCUCCAGAGCCGCGCCCCGGACGUGGCGGCGGACGCUGUGUCGAAGGUGCUGUCCACACACGUGGAGGGAGUCAGUGAGCGCCUGGCCGCGGCAGUCUCCAGCUCCGUCAGGGAGCCCGUGGCCGCGAGGGCGACGGAGUGGGCGGGCGACACCAUCGCGGACACAACCGGCAAGAUCCUGACCGCCUUGUCAAGGACUCUGGAUGCUGUGCGCGAGGGGCGCCAGCUGCCCGAGUCGGCACUCGAGAGGCUCGGGGCGGAGAUGCAGUCGAGCAUGAGUGCCGCCGUGGACGAGCUGUGCGACUCGCUCGGAAACGCCUGCAUCUCAGCGAUCGUGCGGGCCUACAUGGAGAAGACGCGUGUGGAGAUCAUGAGCGCCGUCGAGACGGCUAUUCCGGUCACGACUGCGCGCAUCCAGCGCGAGAUCGACACGAAGUCGCAGGCGCUGGUUCGCGAGGUGGUGAGGAAGGCCGAGGCGGCGUACCACCAGAGCGAGGAGGGUCAGAAGCUGGGCACGCAGCUGAACGACGUGCUGGCGUUCCAGAUCGCCGGCGCCACGGAGGGCUUCGGCAUGGACAGGGCCAAGGACAUCGCCCAGGGCAUCGCACAGCGCGCGCAGAUGGCCGUCGAGCCGGCCUGCGAGAUGCUCGAGCGGCGGACGCUCGAGGUGGCCUACAUCCUGGCGGUGGCAGCGAAGGACGUGCACGUGUACGUGAAGCCGCACUGCGACCCUGCGGACCCUGGCUUCGUGCCCAUGACGGGGCUCGGGGACCUCGCGCGCAGCACGGGCAUCAGCCGCAGCGAGAUCCGCCGCACGGUGCCGCAGAUCGCGCCGCCGUCGCGGACGCCCUGCGGCGUCAAGCGCGCGUCGGUGUGGCGCCUGGUCUCGCCAACCAUCUCCAAGGAGUACCUUGCCGCGAGCAGGGCGCUCAAGAAGGCGCACGCCGCGCGCCAGGCCGAGCGCGACAGCGGCGACAACGAGCUCGACGCACUGCGCGGCGACGCGGAGGCCGAGGAGGCCAAGGCUGCCAACAAGCCCUACAUGCCCCCGCAGCCCUACGUCGAGGGGCCCUGCAACGAGAUCGUCCUGCGUAUGGCCAAGCGGCACCAGAUGGACAUGCGUCAGGUGUGGGAGGACUUCGUGGAGCAGGAGAGGGCGCGCGCGGCCGGGAAGCAGGGCGCGCCUGCCAAGAAGCCCGCGCUGCUCAAGCUCUUCCCCGGGGUGCCCAGGCCGCUCAUGGCGUACCUCAUCACCCUCCUGCGCAUAUCCGGCCUCGAGGACACGAACAACGUCGUGUCGCGCCUGGAGUUCGACAGCACGCUCGCGGCAUGGAAGAUUGUGCUGGUUCGCGACGAGUCGGACAAGAAGAGGGUCGAGAGGGUGGAGAUGCGACCCAUGGAGGUGGACCGCGGCGCCAUUGAGGGCGCGGAGAAGCAGCUUGCAGCCGCGGCCGUGAAGCAGUGGGAGAAGACUGCGUCCCGGCACGCCGAGCAGGUGGUGUCCGCCGUCGACGGCGUGCUGUCCAACGUCAUCUCCCGGGUCCCCGCGGCACUGACGGGGGACGUCAACGUGGCCACGACCCACAGCUUCGACGACCUGCUCGCUGCUUUCAAGUCGGGCGCUGACCAGGCGAUCGAGUUGUCGAUCAAGGAGAUGGACAGCGACCUCCCCAACAUCUUCAGGGAUGCCAUGCUCAAGUUCGCGCAGACGGUCGCCGACAACAUCCCCCGGGAUGCGUCAGCGAAGGCGUGGGUCGCCGACGAUGCCCGCGCCCGCGUCGAACAGGUCGCAGCGGCGCUGUCGCAGCGGACGCGGGCCAGUGCGGAUCGCAUUGCGUCGCGCAUGAAGGCCUUCGUCUCCUCGCAGGGCCGCGUCUCGAACAAGGAGAUGGCGACCCGGAUCACGGAGGCAGCGGUGACGGCGGCGCGUCAGUGCGGCGCGGCAGUGUCGACUGCCGUUGCGUCGCACCUGACCCACACUGAGGACGUGGAUGCGGAGAGGGCCGCGCACGUGGUAGACGACGCCCUGCAGCGCGAGGCGGCGGCGGUCGCGUCUGCGAUGCCAUCGGUCGUGAUGCGGGCGCUCGGCCUCGCGGAGUUCCCCGGGGAGCGCGCCGCCGGAGAGCCUCGGCCCUCGUACGAGGCGGCCAAGGACGGGGUGCUGCGGGAGAUCGAGGAGCGCCUGACCAGUGCGGCCACGCGCGACUUGCUGCGGGUGUCUGACGAGGAGAAGUUCGUCAUCAAUGAAGACGCGGCAGUGGGCAAGCUGCAGGAGGAGAUCAAGAAGCACCUGCGAGAGGUGACCGGCGCGGCCCUGGACGCGGCGGUCAAGGAGGGCCUCGCCUCUGAGCGUGCAGUGCUCGCGAGCCUCCUCGCCCAGGAUGUGGCGGCCGCGAACAACAAGGUCAGGAAGGCCACGCUGCGGUGGGCCAAGGGCCAGUUCGUGCACGCUGCGGUAGAGUGUGCGCUCUCCGCAGCGAUGCGGGCGCGUGACCUGCACUGCGCCCUCGCGGAGGCCGAUCCCCGGCGCACCGGGUCUGUCGACCCGGCCGGCGUUGCGCACCUCCUGCGCAUCUCGGGCUCCAAGACACGGCAGGAGGCGCGAGUCCUGGUCGGCUCCCUGUUCCCUCCUUGUGGCCCGGACGGCGAGAUCCUGGCGGUCAAGGCGAUGGAGGCGAACCGGUCCGAGCUGUACUUCCGCGUCAAGAACUACCUGGCGCACAAGACGGACGAGGCGCUCUCCGAGCGGGCUGCAAAGGUUCAGUCCGAGGAUGCCAGCGUCGACGAGGCCAUCAGGGAGGAAGACCAGGCGAUGACGCAGCAGGCAACACAUCGCCCCGCCAUCAGGCCGCGCUCUGCCCGAGCGUCGGACGGGGUGAGCUCGGUCGAGAGCGAGGUCGGCGAGGAAGAUCACGGAGGGAAGGACGCAGGCUCGCGAGCACCAGACCCAGGCAGCACUGUGGAGGAGCUCGUGGAAGAGCCGGAACCGCCGCGGCAUAGUCAGCCGGCUGCGGUGUCCGAGGCAACGCAGCCCCCUGCCGUCUCAGUCGCGCAGCCGUCGAGGCAGGAGUCCGCGGCGAAGGCGUCGGCAGUCGAGUCGGAGCCGGCGUCCGCUCCCGAGACGCUCGGCCGGUCCGUGUCGGCUGGAGCUGCGCUGGCGCCGCAGGGGGGGCCGGUCCGCCCCGCGCCCGCGGUGGGGGACGACUCCCGCUUGACCCCAGACUCCAGCGACGGCGGGAUCGGGCACCAGGCGAACACGGCUCCGGCCAAACGACCCUCGCGUGGCAGCGUGAGGAGCAGGGACAGCGCUGCGUCGUCGCAGCACCCUGAGCUCGCGGCGGAGGCCUCCAACCUGACCGCAAGCGACUUCUUCUCCGAGUUGGACGCGUACCUCAAGCGCGAGAAGAUCCGGCUGGUUGACCUCUGGCGGGUGUACGACAAGGAGAACAGCGGCGGGAUCCCCGCGUCGGAGUUCGGCAAGCUGCUGCUCGACGUGGUCCCGGCGCUGACCGACGGCCAGGUCCGGUAUCUGACAGUGAUGCUCGACGUCGACGGCGACGGCAGCGUGGGCCUCGACGAGUUCCUCGACCUGUUCAAGCUCUCGCGGGAGACCGGGACGCAGCUGCACGUCAGGGACCGCGUCGGACUGAAGGACGUCCUGCAGCGGAUGGCCAUGUUCCUCAAGGAUGUGCCCGGAGGCGCCCGUUCACUUUUUGCGGCAUACGAUGUGGACGGGUCGCGCGAGCUGGAGGCACGGGAGCUCGUGCACAUGUUCCGCGAUGCGCUGCCUGGUCUCACGACGCAGGAGAUCCGUAACAUGCUGUACCAGAUGUCGGAGCUGGACCCCACACAGGACGGCAAGGUCUCCCUCGACGAGCUCGAGAAGGCGAUAAGCCCCUACUUGUCCCCGCAACACUCGAAGCCGGCGUCCCAGACCGUCUCCGCGCCCGUCUCGGGGCAAGCGGGCACGCAGCUGCCGCCCACGGUGGCGGCGUCUGCCUCGGACGUCAACCGCGGCGCACACCCCGUGCAGGAGCCCCUCCGCGAGGUGGCUCCCGCGGUGGUGGAGGAGAUCACGGAGGAGUCCGAGGGGCCGGACGGGUUCGAGGUGGACGGGGCCGGGAGCCUGCCGCUGCUCGAGGGCAUCCAGCGGUACGUCCACAUCCAGCCCAGCAGGGUGGCGGACGUCCUGGCGUCCAUGGGCGGCACCGUGCGGGACGAGGGCCUGCGCGAGGCACUGCGGGAGAUCCUGCCGCGGCUGUCCGCGCACGACGUCGACUUUGUAGCGGCGAUCGUGGAGGCCGGCAGCACGGACUCGACGGUGUACGGUCCCCAGCGGCUGUCGCUGAGCCUCGAGACAUGCUACGAGGUGUCCAAGAUGGCUCAGGCCGAGGGGCUGCUCUCGCCGGGCAUCGUCGCGCUCACGGACCGCAUGCGCGUCGCGGGCGAGAGGUGCCGCGAGGCCUACAACCGGUGCGUCGCGACAGCUCGCAGCGGGGCGCAGGCGUUUGUGGACUUCAUGCACGAGGUCUGCCCGGACGAGAAGGCGCUCAGCGUGCGGGCGGCGCUGGCGAUCUUCCGCGACUUGACUCCGGGGCACGACUGCGAGGCGUCGUACGAGCAGCUGGUGCGGGACCUGCGGGUGCCUGCCUCGCGCCCGUCGCAGGCAAGCAGCGACCAAAGCCACGCCCCGCCCCCGCCGCCCCCGCCGCCGGCGGUCCCGCCGCUCACCAGCAGGCCGUCCAUGUCGCCGUCCGCGCCGCCACCACCGGCGGCUGCGAUGUCGGAGGAGCAAGCCGCGGUGGCCAUCCAGGCCGUCUUCCGCGGGCACAUGGCGCGCCGACAGCGCCCGCCGGCGCCAGCACCCCUGGCGGUCGAAGGUUCGGCCGCGGGGAGCGAGGAGCGGGGGACCGUCCCUCCCACGCCCGCCGUGGUGACCGUGCCGGAGACGCCACAGCACGGACACGAGAGCGUGGCUGCGUCACCGGCGCCCCGGCGGAUGGUCGCCGACGCUCCUGUCGAAGACAUUGCGUUCGGCGGAGAAGGCAUGGGGUCGUUAGAACUUGACUGA